ACUUCCCUGACGCGCCUGCGUCAUCGUGAAAACACGGCGCCGCUAAGGCAGCCAUCAACUAGGCCACCGAGUGACGAGCUCUUAAAAGGGGGAAAAACGAGGAAUAUAUCAAUGACUGACGUGAUGUAUGGUGUGUUUCAUCUACCUUCCGAGGCACUGAGUGAUUCUUUCUAUUAAAAAAGCAGUAAGGGUGAGAGGGAAAAGCGGAGUCCUUUGAGGCCGCACACAUCAGAAAGAGACCUCGGUCUUUCCUUGUGUCGACGGCGGCCUAGAGAGGGAGCAACGCCGGCCGAGUGGAGUGACCAUCCCUCACCGAAUUAGCUGGCGUGUGGUGGCACACGGAGGUGGCAACUACCCAGCCAGAGACACGGGGAGCAGGAUAGGGAAGGAAGGUGGAGAGGGUGUCACAGGGCUGGCAGAGAAGAUGGCGGGCAGCCCUGAGAAGAGUGCCUCCGCGCAGGAGCUGAAGGAGCAGGGCAACCGGCUCUUCCUCAACCGCAAGUAUCAGGAGGCGGCGGUGUGCUACAGCAAAGCCAUCAACCGAAACCCCUCCGUAGCUGUGUACCACACCAACCGGGCUCUGUGCUACGUAAAGCUGCAGCAGCACGACAAAGCACUGGCCGACUGUAAGCACGCGCUGGAGCUGGACAGCCAAUCGGUCAAGGCGCACUUCUUCCUGGGCCAGUGUCAUCUGGAGCUGGAGAAUUACGACGAGGCCAUUGGCAACUUGCAGAGAGCCUACAACCUGGCGAAAGAGCAGCGUUUGAACUUUGGAGAUGACAUCCCCAGUGCGCUCAGAAUAGCCAAGAAGAAGCGCUGGAACAGCAUCGAGGAGAAGCGCAUCAGUCAGGAGAACGAGUUGCAUGCCUAUCUCACCAAACUAAUUCUGGCUGAGAAGGAGAGGGAAUUGGAAGAGUGGCGGAAAAAACAAGACGAGGGCUUGGAAGACGGCAGAAACCGCAGCGAAGUAGCCAAGAUCCAGUCCAAACACGACAAAUACCUGUCAGACAUGGACGAGCUCUUCUCACAGGUGGACGAGAAGAGGAAGAAACGUGAGAUUCCAGACUACUUGUGCGGUAAGAUCAGUUUCGAGCUGAUGAGGGAGCCGUGCAUCACCCCCAGUGGGAUCACCUAUGACCGCAAAGACAUCGAGGAGCAUCUACAGCGAGUGGGACAUUUCGACCCCGUUACCCGAAGUCCUCUGACCCAAGAUCAGCUGAUUCCCAACCUGGCUAUGAAGGAAGUAAUAGAUGCCUUUAUCUUGGAGAACGGCUGGGUUGAGGACUACUGAGCCCAGAAGAGCAGGAGGAGGAGGAGAGUGAAAAAACGAAAACAAAAAAGAACCAGAAUAAAAUGGAGGAGGAAAACAAUCUCACAUGGCCUCCUGGAUUUGCACUUUAAACACACAGGCAGCAAAUCAGACUGCCAGAGGGGGAGCAAAGAGCUUCGACUGUAACCCUCAUCAGUACUUCUCCACUUUUACAAUCUCCUGUCCCCAUCAUUGCCUCUGCUUCCAAAGCCCCAACCCCUGCCUAAUCCCAUAUAGCUGGCCUCACCCAGAGUGUUUCAUUUACAGAUCAUCCCAUUAAAGUACAAAUUUGCUUCUAUCACAGUCCUGUUCACACAUUAACUGUUCUGCCGUAUUGUUUUUUUUUCUCUUUUGUUUCAUCUAAUGUUCCUUGCUAUUCUUAAAAAUUAAACCAAUCCCUUAUCUGUUCCUCUCUGUUGCAGAUGGAAAUCGUUCUGUUGACCUUAAAUACCAAAAAGACUACCACGAUAUUUUACAAUCAAUGUUUUUAAAAUUUCGCAAACAGCAGGUUACUCUGUCCAAAGGCUUUUUAAACCAGAUAUUUGCAGUGUAUGGAGCAUAAUAUAAAGCCAGUAACACGUCCAUUAUUGCUUUGAAAGCUGUUCUAGAUGGUAUGACAAUUCAAGGAAGGUUGUAAGCCUUUUCUGGUAAUGUAAGAGAUAUGGUUUGUCCUUAUCCUGUUCUUGAAGGAGGUUGCUAAAUCUCCACCUAAAAUUUCACUCCUUUAUGAAACAAUCCCUUUUCUCUGGACAAUACUGCUGUCGUUGAAGACUUCGAGACCAUACCUUUAUCAUGUGGUUUAGUGUGGCUUUUUUUUUUUGGCAUGCAGAAUGGGUACUAGAAUGCAAUUUGUGUCUUUCUGCAGUUUUUUAUUUAUUUAUUUUUUGCAUUUUUCCUAUGGACCCUGGAGAGGCAUAGAUGUCUGAGAAUGUACAUGUGAUUGCGCUUGCAGUAAAUAUGUCUGCCGUAUGUGUAUCUUUAAGUGCGUUGGGUGUAAGAUGAACAUGUAGAUGAUGCUGGCCAGCUUUUCAGCGUGAAAACAGAAAGGCAUGCGUUAUCUCCUCUGCAGCUUGAGGUGUCAUGAUGAGGUCUGGCCUACAGGGUCUGCGGAUGGGUCAGCUGGUGGUCUGGACUGUUUGGGAGGACCGAGUUAUGCGGUGGUCUGGACUGCUUGGUUGGGGGCUGGGUAACACAGCAGUCUGGAUUGCUCCAUCAGGGCCUGGGUGUCGUGGUGGACUUGACUGCUUAGACGGGGGUCAAGUUCUGUCAUGGUCUGGACCUCUAGGCUACAUAGUAGUCAGGCCUGGGUCAGGAGGUGGCCUUGACCUCUGACUUAGCAGAUGCUCAUUGGUGGUCAGGGCUGUUAACGUGUCACUGACCUCCUGCCUUUAGUGGUUAAUAGCCAGUAAGAGGUGCUUCAGAACAUUUUGAAAAUACAAUUCAGAAUAAAUAAUUCAUAAUUGCAUAAUGGAUUGAAAUGUCCGUCAGACAAAAAAACAUAUUGUUCAUUAGUUUUGAUCCGUGAGUGUUUGUACGUACACACGUGUAUCGAAUUUCCAUCUACACUGAGAAGUAUGUCUCCUUUGUGUGUGCAUGUAUGUGUUUGGAGGUCGUACUGUGCAUUGAAUACAAAUUAAAUACCUGCAAGCAACAAGGGACUUGAUUAAUGGUAUAUCCACACGUGUCGUCCCUUGUUCCAAUUUCCUGUGGGAUCAAUUUUGAAAUGGUUAGUACCUGUAGGGGAACACAAUCUGUUUUUGGGGAAGGGAUUUUCAGCCAUUGUGACUCAUCGUGUGACUGUAAAUCUUCAUCAUCACUGUCAACAGUACAACUGUUAAGUGUUAAAGACAAUAGUUAUGGUAUGUUUGUGUAAGAUAAAAGUAUAAAAUUAUAAAAGUAUAAUUAUAUCCUGCUAAAAGUCACAUGUUUGGCUGGUAGAUUUAAUAUUUUUCCAGUGAGAAGAUCUGACUUUUAAAGGGGCUGAUAUGAUGUAAAUACUGUGUUCAGAACUUGCAGCGUUUUUUUUUAAGGUGUCAAUGUUAUAAAAAUCGUUUGGAUUUUCUUGGACCGUCUGUACUAUGCAAUUCAGUACAAAGGGAGGCUGAUAAAAUUGUUUUAGUAUGACUUGGUUGUGUCUUGCCUGAGCAUUCGGUAGAAGGUAGGGAAGGACUGGUGAUUAACGUCUCAUUCAUUCAGAUUAUAAAACCGGGACACACUAUAAGUAAAUCAUGCCAGUUAAAAGCUGUAAAGAUGCUUUUUACUCACAGGACUGAAUGUAAGACACUAUUAAAUUCGUAUGAAUUUGAUUGCAGCAUUGUGAAAUUACUAUAACAAAAUUCUUAACUUUAAUACAUUGAAAAAUCUGAAAUCUAAGUUACACAUAUUUUUUCUAUUUCGCUGAAAGGAUCUUGAGUCUUGUCUCACAGCUCCAUCUUGGAAUUUGGUUAUGCCAUGUUUUUUUAUUUUUUAUAAAGUCCAUACCUUGUUGCCUCUCUGGGCUUAUGUCUGAGUCUCUGUUUAUAUAUGAGGUUGUGAGGAAUUAUGUAUGUGUAUAUGCUUGUGUUUUGGACAAAAUGAUAGCUGUGACAUUACAGUUCAUUUUCUCUGA